CUAGCCCGCUCUCCCCCGCCGACUCUUCCCCACUCCACCUCUAGAGACUCCAACUUGGCCCCUCCAUCCCCCCUCGUGGAGCCUCCUGAAGAUCUCUCCAGGCCCCCUGUAAGGGCCCCACACCUGUCUCCUCCUCCCUACCAACCCGCUCCCCAACAACUUGUGUCCCCGACUCCUUCCUCAAUCUCCGAAACUCCAGGCCCAGGCCCCGCCUCGAGCAUACCCUCUCCAACCGUUCCUCUCCUCCCAGCCCCAGAACCUCAACCACCUUCCAGCCCCCUCCCUUCCCCUCCUAUCUCUGCCCGUACCAGAUCCAAAAACUCUUCCCCGGACCUGGUCUGCCCCUUGAGGGAGGUUGCAGGGGCUGAAGGGGUUGUCCGAGUCCAUGCGCCCUUUUCUCUACAAGACCUAUCCCAAAUAGAAAAACGCUUAGGUUCCUUUUCGGCCAAUCCCGACAACUACAUCAAGGAAUUCCAAUACUUGGCGCAGGCCUAUGACCUAACCUGGCAUGACUUACAUGUCAUCCAGACCACCACCCUCACCACUGAGGAGAGGGAACGUAUCCAGGCUGCUGCCCGGGGACACGCUGAUCAGGUCCACCUGACCGACGCCACAGUGGCGGUCGGUGCUCAGGCGGUCCCCGCCGUAGAGCCAGGCUGGGAUUACCAAGACGGUCAAGAUGGCCGCCGGCGCCGCGACCGCAUGGUCCGAUGUCUCAUCGCUGGCGUGCGGGCGGCCUCUAAUAAGGCCGUAAAUUAUGACAAGAUCAGAGAAAUCAUACAGGCCCCUGACGAAAACCCAGCUAUAUUCCUUAACCGGCUGACCGAGGCAUUAAUUCAGUACACUCGCUUGGACCCGGCCUGUCCCGCGGGGGCCACGGUUCUAGCCACACAUUUUAUCUCGCAGUCAGCCCUAGAUAUCCGCAAAAAAUUAAAGAAAGUCGAGGAAGGCCCUCAGACCCCCAUUUCUGACCUAGUGAGAAUGGCAUUUAAGGUCUUUAACUCCCGUGAGGAAGCCGCAGAGCUGAAGCGACAGGCCAGACUCCAGCAGAAGGUUCAGCUACAAACCCAGGCCUUGGUAGCAGCCCUGCGGCCGCGGCUCCAGAAGCCAGCAGAGAGGGGGACCCACCCGCACCCCUCCGGGGGCCUGCUUCAAAGGCGGGGCUGAAGGCCACUGGGCCCGUCAGUGCCCCACGCCGAGGGCACCAACCCGACCAUGCCCUCUCUGCCAUUUGAUGGGCCACUGGAAAUCCGACUGCCCUAGUCUCAGGGAAUCCUCGGCGCCUCAGCGCGGGGGAAGACCCGAGACGGUGAGUCCAGGCUUCCAACUGCUCGGGCUGGAGGAGACUGACGGAGCCCAGCCUCGGCCGCCCCUCUCACCCAGGCCGAGCCCAGGGCCAUGCUCCAGGUAGCGGAUGGCAGCUCCUUCCUGGCUGCGGAUGGUCGGAGACACGCCGCCUAUGCUGUAGUCACCCCAGAGACGGUAGUGGAGACAGUCCCCCUCCCAAUUGGGACUACUUCCCAAAGGGCUGAACUUAUAGCUCUCACCAGGGCUCUACAUCUAUCUAAGGGACAACGAGUCACCAUCUACACCGACUCAAAAUAUGCCUAUCUCAUCGUUCAUACUCAUUCCGUCCUCUGGCAGGAGCGGGGAUUUUUAACCACCAAGGGGACGCCUAUAGUAAAUGGACCUCUCAUUGCCAAAUUGCUUGAGGCCCUUAGUCUGCCCACUGAGGUUGCAAUCGUUCACUGUAGGGGCCAUCAGACUUCUAAAGACAUGGUCUCCAUAGGAAAUAAUAAGGCCGACUCAGUGGCCAGGGAAACGGCCUUAAGUAACCCAAUAUCUCCCAUCCUCUUCCUUAAUACCCCUCAUCGACCUUUCUACUCUAUAAAGGAAACUCAAGCCCUCCAGGCCCUGGGAGGAAAGGCAGAAAGUAAAGGAUGGAUUUACAUCCGAGGGAAGAUUGCCCUCCCAGAAAACCUGGCCCAUACCCUAAUUACUGAUAUCCACCAAUCUCUCCAUAUUGGCCCAAGGGCACUGAACCAGUUUCUCCAGCCCCUGUUUUACUAUCCAUCCCUACCUAAGGUGAUUGAGGCUGUCCAUAGGGCUUGUAAAACCUGCUCGGCCGUAAAUGCACAGGGAGGAAUCCGCAGGCCGGGGCCUAACCAUCAGCUCCGAGGCCAUCAGCCCGGUGAAGACUGGCAGCUGGACUUCACUCACAUGCCCCGCCAUAAAGCCUUUCGUUAUCUACUGACUUUGGUUGAUACUUUUACAGGAUGGAUUGAGGCAUACCCCACAGCCAGAGAGACUGCAGAUGUGGUGGCCACAAUCCUCAUCGAGCACAUCAUCCCGAGGUUUGGGUUACCCCGGACCCUACAGUCAGACAAUGGGCCGGCAUUUAUCUCCAGUGUGACCCAACAGGUGGCCGAGAGCCUCAACAUUACCUGGAAGCUGCACAUCCCCUACCACCCUCAGUCUUCGGGUAAGGUGGAAAGGGCCAACGGGCUACUUAAGGCUCAACUCACUAAACUUACCCUGGAGACUCGCCUGUCGUGGCCCACACUGUUACCUAUAGCUCUCACCAGACUCCGGGCAUCCCCCCGAGGACCAUCAGGUUUGAGUCCCUUUGAGUUACUGUACGGUUGGCCCUUCCUUAUCAACCACAACCUCCCAGCCAUUCCUCCACCUCUUUUAUCCUAUCUGCCUUACCUUACCCUCCUCCGGGCCCUCUUGAGAGCCCAUGCUGAUGCUGUCAUUCCGGCCCCGACCGACAAUGCCUCCGAGGAAGCCUCUCCACGAGACUUAUCCCCAGGGGACCAGGUCCUUCUCAGAAAUCUGCAGCCAGGCUCCCUGCAGACCCGAUGGACCGGACCUCACACGGUCAUCCUCACCACCCCAACCGCGGCAAAAUUGCUGGGACAUACGGCAUGGGUGCACAUCAACAACCUUAAACGGGCACCCACAGGUAUCGAAUGGACCUCCCAGAUGGUGGGACCCACCAAACUCCGCCUGGCUAGGGCUCCUUCUCAUACUUCUCCUGAGCCCCCCGAUCCAAGCGGUAGAAUGUGAUUGCAUGAAAGGCAGCGGUACCUCGCGCUACUUUUCAUCUUAUACCCACAUGCCCAGAACUUGUUACUCAGGGAAGACACCCAUCACCUGUACUUCAAGACAUGCCGAAGGAACCUUUUGGAUGUCUGAACUUUCUCAAACCAGCCGAUCCCCUUGCAGCCGGUACCCCAAGACUGGAACGCCUGCAAGAACUCACCCGGGUAUCUGUCAACCAACUUUUACUUCACCCAUACUCUCGCCUGCCCACAUCCGACUACCCCUACAACGAUGCCCCACCGUCAGCAGGAAGUAGCCAGAGCAGAGUCGACGCCCCCGACACCAUUAUAUAAAACAAAAGGUCGGAAUGUUGGGGCCAGGCGGGAAGGGAAACUCCUCAAGAUGGCAGAUACGCCAAAAUGGCUGAGGUUCCUGUCACCACCUCCACUUGGGAUGACAGCUUGA